AUGAACGGGGCGCUGGAGCAUUCGGACCAGCCGGAUCCGGACGCGAUCAAGAUGUUCGUGGGCCAGAUCCCCCGCUCCUGGUCAGAGAAAGAGUUGAAGGAGCUGUUUGAGCCGUACGGAGCCGUCUACCAGAUCAACAUCCUCCGAGAUCGCAGCCAGAACCCUCCACAGAGCAAAGCUGAGCUCAUCCAGAGGCAGAGUUGCCAGACGUUGUGA